CCCAAAACGCAUCCGUUUCUAUUGCUAGAACGGAACAGAUGGACCCGGUCGGGUCUCACUCCCAUCCCUGCAGGCUGCAGCCCGACCACCGUGCUCAGACUGGGACUCGCAUCUUUCACCACGCGUCCAAGCUCGAUAUGCCGCCGGCGGGGAGACGGCCGAAGCAGAGCCUUCGUGCUUCUCUGGAUGGAGGGGAAGGUGUCUCCUCUUGGAAAAUGAGGGACCCAUUUACCCAAACGCUUCCCUCCUGAACCCACGCAAAUGAAUCAGCUCCUUAGACGCUUCUUCACCACCCACAAAUCCGGCCGAUUCCGCCGCCCCAAUGUCUGUCCACCUCCCUUCUCCACGUCCUCCCUCCGCCUCCCCAGGGCGGAGUCCCUCGACGUCGGGGCCGCUGGAAACAAGUGGAUUCCCUUUCCGGACAUGCAUCCAUCUCUCCUUUAUGCUGCUCUCUCUCGGUUGCGCUCCAGCCCGAGCCGUGCCCUCCGGUUCUUCCUCUGGUUCGGCCGACAGCCAGGCGCCCACCUCACGGUCGACGCCUACGGUGUCAUCUUAUGCAUAAUUGCUGAGAGCGGAUUGAAGUCCUGUUUGUGGGCAUUGGUUCAGAGACUGCUGUUCGACCAGGAUAAGCCUUUCUUGAUUGGGGUCGUCGAUUUUUUAGCUCGACGAUCAGUGAAACCGAUCGUUUUGGAUGUAAUAUUCGUCUCUCUGAUGAAAAGGAGGAUGUUUGAUGACAUUGUUUUGGUCGCUAGUGCUAUUGAUAAGAGUGGAUAUAUCUUGCCUUUCAAGAUUUGUAAUAGAUUAGUUAGGGUUCUGAAGGUUCAUGAGGAGUUUAUAGACUUGAAUUUAGCUAUCUUUUCACUUUUUAGAUCAUGUUUAAGCAAUGCUGGUAGGAAUCGUGUUAAUGGGUGCAAUCUGGGGGACACUUUUUGUUUUACCAAUGAGAGUGGAGUUUGUUUAAAAAAUUCAAAUAAUGAUUUGAUCUGGAAUGCGAGUUCGAAUGUCCAAAGUGAGAAUUCAUUGGUUCAGAGAUUUGGUAAUGAGAACACUCAAUUGUUGCAGAAGCAUAGUGGUGGGAGGAAUCGAUUCAAACAAUACAUUAGCAUGAUCAGAGCAUUGUGCCUGGAAAGGAAGGUUGGUGUAGCUCUCUACCUCAGGGAAGAGAUGAGACAGAUGCACUUGGUGCCUGAUAUUGUUACUUAUAACUGUUUGAUGAACGGACUAUGUAAAAUUGGUGAUUUGUGGAGGGCAAGUCGUUUGUUGAGGGAGACUGUUGAAGAAGGGACUGAGCCUAAUACAUGCACUUAUAACACUCUGAUUGAUGGUUAUUGUCGAUCUAAUGGUGUUGACAAUGCAAUUGUUCUCUUGUUUUCCAUGGUUAAGAAUGGGAUCAGACCCAAUAAGGUAACUUGCAACAUACUUGUUCAUGCAUUGUGUAAAAAGGGUCUUCUUGAGGGUGCGAAGAAGCUUCUUGCAGAUAUACUUGGUGAGCAUGAAACCUCCGAUUUGAUCACUUCAACCAUACUUAUCAACGGGUGUUUCAAAACAGGGGAUCUGAUCCAGGCGUCUGAAAUAUGGGAACAGAUGACAAGAAAGGACACCAUUGUCGAUGUUGCAGCAUACAAUGUCCUUAUUAAUGGGUUUUUCUCAAGCUGCAACACGAGGCUUGCAUUUGGAGUUUUCGGUGAAAUGUUAAAAAAGGGCUACUGCCCUGAUGUAAUAACGUAUAACAGUUUGAUUAGUGGACUGUGUAGAGAAGGGAAAUUAGUUGAUGCUUGUAAUCUUCACAAUGAUAUGCUGAUCAUGGGGGUUGCUCCUGAUCACGUUUCAUACAAGCUGGUUAUUCAUGGACUAUGCUUGCAAGGAAAUGUUAAUUUAGCACAAGUUUUCUUCCACAAGAUGAUAGAUGAUUUUAUUAUCCCGGAUCCUCUUGUCUGGAAUAUCCUGAUUUAUGGAUAUGGUAGAAAUGGAGAGGUAGGUCAUGCUAUAAGGAUAGGAGAUUGGAUGUAUGAGUUUGGCUAUGCACCAAAUGUUUUCACAUACAAUGCGUUGAUCUAUGCAUACAUAAGGGGGCGGAAUCUUCAAGAAGCAUUUAUGUUGAAGCAGAAAAUGUUAUUUAAGGGUUGUUUUCCAGAUGUUGUGACCUACAACCUAUUAAUAUACGGAGUAUGUAGUAUUGGUCAUAUUUAUUUUGCUUUCCAGUUGUAUGAUGAAAUGCGAAGAAGAGGUUGCAAACCUGAUAUUUAUACCUACACUGAAUUGAUUCGUGGUCUUUGUGUUCAUGGGAAAGUGGAAGAAGCUGAAGAACUUCUUAUGAAGAUCCAGAAAUCUGGUGUAACUACUGACCAUGUCCCCUUUCAUAUCCUCAUCAAGAAGUAUUGCAGAAUAAAAGAACCAAGAAAAGCAUAUCUUCUAUACGAGCAGAUGAAAGCAAAAGGACUUGUGAGCCAGCAUUCUACCUACUAUAUACUCAUUUCUGAACUGAAUAAAAAGGGUUUUGUGAAGGAAGCAUGUGAAGUACUGAAGAAUAUUGAUUGUUAGGUCUGUAGAGCAGUAAAGUUCUUGUUAAUUGGCUUACUGAUGCAUCUGCAGGACAGGCUUCAGAAAAAUGGAUUGACUAUUUGAGUUUCAGACAUAUAACAAAUCAUUGCUGAAAGGAUUAACUGGAAAUAUGUUCAUAUUUUAGCUAUUUUUCAUGAUUGUCGGAGGGCAAAAAGUUCAGCUGAUUGGGCUUCAAUGCCUGGCUGUCCUUCUUGUGGCAGGUUUUGAAGCAUGGCGACCUUGGUGACAAAGAGAACACCAAAGAGUGUCAUUUCAAACAGUUCAUUUUGCUGUUAAAGAUUGUCAUACAAGAGCAAUGAUCCGACAACACAAAAUUUGGUUAUUCCAGGGAACUCCGUGUUAGAAUAUUGGGAUUAGGCAGAUGCCUGCCAGAUGAUGACAACAGAUGCACCUCAAUAUUGAAUUCUUGGCAUCCUUUAACUUUGAAGAUCAUAACUCCAUGCCCUAACUAGGUGGACGGACCUCUUGUUGGCUACAAGCGUUUAUAUUUGAGGAGCUUUAUUUGUCAAAGGCUCUUCUCUCAGACUCCGGUGUUUUUGUGAGAUGUCAAGUUUCAAACGUUCAUCCAAGUGGGAUAUGUAUGUGAUAGUAAGGAGCACUUAUUUAAUGACAAGUUCUUCAGAUGUAUUUAUGGUCAGACCUUCCCCCUCCAGUCUCAGAUCAUGGCUUUUGGGAAAUAAGAUGAGAAAGUGGAUUAGUGGUGGAUCUUAUACUGGACUAAACCAAUGCCUUCCAACCAAACCAGCAGAAAGUUCAUCAUGUAUUUUUGCUCUUUUACAGUAGUUUGCUGGAGGAUUGUCCUGAUUGACAUCUCCAAUGGUGCCCCUUAGACCACUCACCACAACAGGCCCAACCAAUAUCCACGAGUUAACCUCAACUUGGCCCAUGGAUCAAUACUGAGUUCCUUAAAACCACACUAUCAACAUUAUCUUGGAAGAUUUCAGCAUUGUGAUGCUUGUCAAUUGACGAAAACUGAAAGAAGAGAAUGUAGGGAAUUUCAGCAUUGUGAUGCUUUGUCUGUGUUUUUGUUCUUGGAGCUGCUCAUGGUCGCCCGACUUUGUUGUGGAGGUUUGUGCCUUGAUUGUGAUGCCAUUUACCGUUGGUGCUCCCAGUUGCCGCUGCUGCCCUCCACCACUGCCUUUCUCUGCUGUGGCGCUAGCCCUUCAACCGCCUUACUCCCAGUUGCCAUAGGUGCUCCUAGUUGCCGCUGCAUGUUGCCUCUGCGUUUCCUUCUAGCAGUCGGUCGCAGCGUGUUCCACACUACCAGUGAUCGUCCUUCUCGUUUCUUACUUAACCCCAGGUUCCUUUAUUGCAUACACAAUGUUAUUGUUGUCUCCUGCUGAGUUGUUCUUCUGUUACUGCUGUGUACGUUUGCUUUUUGCUGCACUGUGAACCUUGAUUAUGGCAGAUUCUACUUGUUCUACUGUCCAUACAGACCAGGCCGAUGUUGGGGCCUAUAGAACUGAAAAUAUCUCUGUUCAAGUUACUACCAUUCACCUCACUAAGGAAAAUUACCUUCAAUGGUCUGCUGCUAUCACUAUGGAGAUCGCUGGUCGGGGCCGAAUUGCUUAUGUUAAUGGGAGGAAGAUUGAACCUAUUGAGACUAGUACUACUUGGGACACUUGGUUUCUUGAGGACAACACACUUGGUUUCUUGAGGACAACCAAGUAAAAACUUGGAUUGUCAAUUUUGUAUCCUCUGCUAUUCAACCCCUCAUCCUUUGUAAGAGGACUACAAGGGAUAUGUGGGUUAUUUUAGAACAAAUAUAUGGCAAGAAGAAGAAGACUGUUCGAGUGUAUCAACUGAUGAAAGAUGUCUAUGCACUACGGCAAGGGAAUCUCUCUGUGGCAGACUUUUAUGCAGCUUUGAAAUCUAAAUGGGAGGAACUUGACUACUAUUCUGAUGAUACUUGGAAUUGCCCCCAAGACCAGGACUUGGUGACAGGAAAGAGGAUUAGGAUUGGUUUGGUGUCUGAAGGGUUAUAUCGAUUACCCAUCCGUGUGGCCACCGCUCUUAUGAUAGCUGUUAGCAGAACAAAGGAGAGGAGAAAGGAUUGUCUUCAAUUGUUUUUGUAUUGGCAUGAACGCCUUGGGCAUCUUCCUUUUGAAAUUUUGAAACAGUUUUUUCCUUAUUUAUGUUUCAGUUUGGACAUGUUUAUGAUAUCUUGUGAUGUAUGUCAAUUUGCUAAACAUGUUAGGGCUUCAUACCCUAUUUCCACCAGUCGUGCCAAUGAAAUUUUCUCUUUGAUUCAUUCUGAUGUGUGGGGGCCUUCGGGAAUUCAUACCCGUCAAGGUUUUCAAUACUUUAUAACUUUUAUAGAUGAUUUCUCCAGAAGCACCUUUGUAUACUUGUUGAAAGACCAUAGUGAAAUGCCUCAUGUCAUAGAGACCUUCAUUCUUCUUGUGGAGACUCAAUAUGACGGAUCUGUUAAGACCUUCUGGUCUGAUAAUGCUCGAGAGUAUGCGUGUCAAUCUGUUGAAGAUGUCCUCCAUUUAUACCCCUCCACAAAAUGGGGUAGUUGAGAGGAAAAAUCGUCAAUUACUCAAUGUCACCAGGGCUCUCUUGUUUCAAAGGAAUCUUCCAAAACAAUAUUGGGGUGAUGUUGUUCUCACUAGUGCAUAUCUGAUCAAUCGUAUGCCUAGUCGUGUGCUAAAUGGGCGGACUCCUCACUCUAUGCUUCCAGGGAGUCGUCAACCCUUUUCCCUUCCACCUCGUGCCUUUGGAUGUGUUUGCUUUAUUCAUGAUCACAAUCCUCAUGUUAAAAAAAAGUUGAUCCGAAGUCAAUUAAGAGUGUUUUUGUUGGGUACUCUCCUACUGAAAAGGGGUAUAAGUGCCUUGAUCCUACUAUUGGUCAAGUUUAUGUUACCAAGGAUGUCACCUUCUUGGAACAUGUCUCUUACUUUUGUGAGAAUCCUCUUUAGGGGGAGAAGUCUAGAUCAAGGGAAGAGUAUUCUCAGAGUCAAGAGAUUCAGUUCACAGAUUUUCUGGAUUACAAGCAGGAAGAAAAUCAAACAGUUGUACUUGUAGAUGUGCUUGAGCAUGAGAGGGUUGAAGGGUGCUCUACUAGGACUGAGGAGGAACGCAAUCACUUGUUUGGGCAGGUUUACUCUAGGCGAAAAGUACGUACAGAUGAGGUGACUGAUGGUGAUAAUUCUACUCCCAAUCCUAAUGCUAUUCCUUCCCUUGAUGACCCAAGUCGUGCUCGGGAGAUUCAGACUAAGGCUGCAAAUGAAGAGCUUCCCAUUGCCCUGAGAAAGGGUGUCAAGUCAUGUACUCAAUACCCGAUUGGUAACUUCGUAUCAUAUUCUAGACUGAGCAAGAAUUAUAAAUGUUUUGUAUCAUCUCUUUCUUUGGUUGUGAUUCCCAGGACUGUUACUAGACUCAGAGUGAUCUCAAGUGGACUCAUGCAAUGUAAGAAGAGAUAAAAGCCUUGCGCAGAAACAUGACAUGGGAAGUUGUAAAGAUCUCUGAAGUGGCUCAUCUGGUUGCAUCCAAGUGGGUCUACACCAUUAAGUACAAAUCAGAUGGGAGUGUUGAGAGGUACAAAGCUCGCCUUGUUGCCAAGGGGUUUAGUCAGAAAUAUGAGAUUGACUAUUUGGAGACUUUUGCUCUGUUUGCAAAGAUGAAGAUAGUUAGAGUUAUUAUUUCUUUAGCUGUAAUGAAGGAAUGAAGGAUGUACCAACUUGACGUUAAAAAUGCUUUUCUCAAUGGUGACCUUGAAGAGGAGGUGUAUAUGUGUAUGCCCCUAGGAUAUGAGGAACUGAGAAAAUGCUGUGAACUGAAGAAAGCUUUAUCUGGGCUCAAACAAUCGCCCUGAACAUGGUUUGAACGUCUUAGACUUGUAAUGAGACAACAUGGAUACGAUCAAGAAAAUGGAGAUCAUACUCUAUUUGUGAAGAGGAUGGAAGGUAAAGUUGCUCUUUUGUUAGUCUAUGUUGAUGAUAUGAUUGUUACAGGCGAUGAUGAAGCUGAAAUAACAAGAUUAAAGAGUUUACUGGCUAUCGAAUUUGAUCUCAAGGACCUUGGCAAACUAAGAUACUUUCUUGGUAUUGAAAUUGUUAGAUCAGGUACGACUCUUGUACUGAAUCAAAGGAAGUAUAUCUUGGAUUUAUUGAAGGGAACAUGAAAACUUGGGUGUAGACCUGCCUCUACUCCUCUGGAUGCUGGACACAAGCUCAGUAUUAGGAAUGGAGAACCUCUUUGUGAUGAGGCUAAGGGGAGGUAUCAACGUCUGGUUGGAAAAUUGAUCUAUCUUACUCUCACUAGACCUAUAUUACCUUUGCUGUAAAUGUGAUGAGUCAGUUCAUGCAUGCUCCUACGAAUGCUCACUUGAAGGCUGUUGAUAGGAUCUUGUGCUGCUUAAAGAGAAAUCCUGGCAAGGGGCUUCUAUAUGUGCAACAAGGGCCUAUUGAGAUUGAAGGGUAUUAUGAUGCAGACUGGGCAGACUGUGUUGAUACUAGAAGAUCUACUUCAGGGUACUGUGUCUACUUGGGGAGAAAUCUUAUUACUUGGAGGAGCAAGAGACAAGAUGUUUGUUCCCGCUCUAGUGCAGAAGCUGAAUAUAGAGCUGUUGCUAUUGGAGUGUCAGAAUUACUAUGGCUAAAAGUGUUGUUGACUGAUAUUAGAAUAGAGACUGAAGGACCAAUGAAGAUGUACUGCGAUAACAAGUUUGUGAUUAACUUAGCCAACAACCCUGUUCUACAUGACAGAACAAAGCAUGUUGACAUUGACCGUCACUUCAUCCGUGAGAGAAUUGAUGCUAAAGAAUUAAUCCUACCAUACAUGAAGUCUGAAGACCGAACUAUUGAUAUUCUGACUAAAGCCUUACCUUCUACUCUGUUUGAGAAAAAUGUAUCCAAGUUGGGCAUGUUUGAUAUGUAUGCCCAACUUGAGGGGAAGUGUUGACGUGCUUUAGUUUACGGGUCUGGGUCUGGGUUUGGACCCGGUCCAGUCGGUGUUCUUGUUUAGACUCUACUUAUGUCAUUAUAACCCUAAUUUUAGAGAAAAUGAAAUUCUUAGAUAGAGUGUGUCUGGCUGCUAGUGGACACCAGUCCUCCCUCACCCGUGGUUUUUUUCCUUCUUGUUGAGGGGUUUUUCCACAUUACAUCAUGUUCUUC